ACAGAGCGAACGUUAGGAUCACAUAAUGGCGGAGAACAACAUUCACGAGGCACCCGCAUGGCUCACGGAGGAUUACGUUGAGAAAGAGUUGUGCAGAUAUUUUGGGGACGACUCCCUAAAGUUGAAGAAACUUGGAAUUGUGCCGGCGACAGCCAAGGGAGAUAACUAUGCCAGCGUGAUGACCCGCAUCCAUGUGGAUUACUCUUCAAAGGAUUCAAAGGUCCUGCAGACAGCCACAUUCCUGGUGAAGACAACUUUCGCCGACAAGGACCCGGCGGCCAACUUACUGGCCGACUAUGGGGUUUACACCAGAGAAAUGGACAUCUACGAGCAGAUUCUGCCCCAUCUGGGGAAAAUGGUUAGGGACGAGCUCAAGGAUUCCCGAAAGUUGUUUGCAGCCACAGUGAAUGUAGAUCGCGAGCGGGACUCGAUCCUUUUUGAAGAUCUGUCGCUGGAACAGUACAAAGUGGCUUGUCGCCUAAAGAAACUGGACCUGGAGCACACUCAUCUGGUUCUGGAAAAGCUGGCUACGUUCCAUGCAGUCGGCGCAGUUCUUGCCGAGCGAAAGCCCGGGAUCUUUGAUAAGAACUACGAUCGGGGAUUUUUCAACAAACACGUUCGAGGCUAUGAGCCAAUUUAUAAGAAUCUUCUGCAGGCCUUGUCCCGCUCCCUAGAACUGAACAAGGAUCUCAAAGAACGUUAUCAGGGGAAGAUAGAUCGCCUUGUCGGUAGCAUAAUGGACUACGGCGAACGUUCGGCCGCAGUCAAUCCAGGCGACUUUCUAGCCCUGGCGCAUGGAGAUCUCUGGACCACAAACGUGAUGUUUCAGUACGAUGGACAAGGCCAUCCUACCAACGCCAUUCUGAUCGACUUUCAGUUCAGCGUGUGGAACUCUCCGGCCAUCGAUCUGCACUAUUUCUUCUCCACUUCCAUACAGGACAAUCUUCGCUGGAAACAUCAGCCGGAGUUGGUUCAGUUCUAUUACUACAAGCUAGUGGAGUCCUUAAAGAAGCUGAAGUAUUCUCGACCAAUCCCGAACUUAUUUGACUUUCAACUACAGUUUCAGGCGAGAGCUUUUUAUGCUGUGUUUUCCUCGCUGAUUUUCGAGCCCUGCAUGCUGUACACUGGAAAAGAAGAGGCCUCCAUCGCCCAAGGCUUGUCCCCUUCCGAGAGUGGAAUUCGAUUCAGGGAUUCUGUUUAUAGCGCAGACCAUAUUAAAGAAAAAAUGGUUUUCACACUGCCAUUCCUUGAUCAGUUUGGACUGCUAGAUGAAUUGUGAAUUUUAUUCGUAUUCAUAUUAUUUUAAUGAUUAAAUUAUAACGUUCUCCAAUUCGAACCUCUUUAUAGGUAACCUAAAAUUCAUUUAAAUUAAGUUUUUCUAUUGUUCCUAUCACAUUUGCUAAAUUAAAAGUCUUUUAUUUAAACAAA